CUCGCUUCAUCGACAUCGAAAAGCGGCUUCGUAAACAUUCCAAUUUAAUUUCGAAUAUAGAUAACUUCUUUAUCAUUUUUUAAAUUUUAAUAAUUUCGUAAUAUUGAUCGUUUAGACAGUUAACAGUUGACAAUUCUAAGUUAACAAUGAGUUUUGGAAUACAGUGAGGUAAAGGGGAACUUUGGAUGCAGUUAAAGUGUUUAGUGAUGGAGGGUUGUGUAUUGUGUGCGUGAGCCAUGAAGAAAUGUUUUUUGUGUGUGCACAAUAAGGAGGUAUGACGACGCAGGAUCGAGAAAACAUUUUUUCUGACGAUGAUGAGGAUUUGCGUCCUCGUCAGCAGAGCCUGGGCGGGGUGCUACGGCGGGAGGGUAACUGGAAGUGCUUCCUGCUGACAUUAAUGAUCGCGGGCUGCCUCAGUUCCGUUGCUUGGUGCAACACCGCCGAGAUAGACCGUGAACUCAUCGAUCUUAAUACAUUUCCAAUAAAGCGAACAGUUCGUGAGUCGCCAUGCGACGUUGGCUACGCGUAUAUACCGAUAGCGUUCGUUCUACUGCUUUAUUUAGUGUAUCUAGUGGAGUGCUACCACAGUACAGCUAGGAUACAGCUGGCGAGACGUGUGGAUGUCGCCGCAGUCAGCACGAGAGUGCACGCUAUGAGGAAUGCAACGCCUAGAGUAUGGUGGAAAGCGAUUUGCUACCAUUACGUGCGGCGCAAGCGGCAGGUGACGAGGUACCGCAACGGAGACGCUUACACGACUACACAGGUAUACUAUGAGCGAGUGAACACGCACAGUGCGAGCACGUCGUUCGCACACGCGUGCUGCGGUCAAAGAGAUGCCUCCAGGAACUUGGUGCUGGACUCAAAAACACCAAUUACUAAAGUCAGAUUCAGUAAAGGAUUUGCUUUCGCUAAUAUCGAGGCUGCUAGCGAAUUUGAAGAUCAAAGAUCAAGAUUUUUCGCGGAACAUGAACGUUUCGAUGACUUCAUGGAAAUGCGGGAGGGCUUGGAUCUGAUAGGUGUCAGUUCUUUUAAGGAAUACAUGGUAGCUUACAGAGAAGCAGAUCGAUGUCCAUGGUAUUCCUCACAGAUACUAUUUUGGACAUUGUCUUGUUUGCUUCUAUCAUGGCCUCUACGAAUUGUUAUUGAAUGUAAUACAGCUUACGUUCAUUAUACGAUCACGAAAAUUUUUGGUACAAACUAUGAAUUAGAUCCGAGUCGACAGCUUGAUUUGGAUACACACCUAUCGGAUACACUGCCUCCUGUACCAGCAACGAAUUACGCUUGGAAUCUCGCUGAUGAGCAAAGCGCUGUACUCUCUUCAGCACCACGACCACCUCGCACACUUCCUCUAUCUCACGCGUCUACUGUCGAUAGUCUUGAAUUAUUCGCCGCGAUUCGAGGUAACUGUGCCUUAGUACCUUCUUAUUCAGAGGCUAUGCGUAUUGAUGCUGCUCUUAGAGAAGAACCAACUGAAAACACCAAUAAUCCUGUUCUAAUCGAUAUAGAAUCAGAAAACAGACACAACAGGCCAACAGUAAAAGCGGCAUCGUUUGAUGAACCUCCUCGAAGACCCAAAGUACUAAUAGCAAGUACUCAUUCAAGCAGUAACAUCGUUGGAAGUACUAGAUCUUUUGAUAUCAAACAAAAUAGGCGAUCAUGGGCAGGAGUGUUAACAACAGCUAGGAGUGCGAGGCAAAUAUUAGAUGAUUUUACAAACAACACUUCACCUAAUUACCAAUUGAUAUCAGAACAACAAGUGAGAAGAGACGGAGAGAAUACAUUAUACUAUUCAAGAGAAUUGUCUCCCACUUGCUCGCGGGAUCCAUUUGGAGGUCGAGCACAAACAACACCUACCGAGGAACCUCCGCCUUAUGAGGAGGCAUUAAAAUUACCCGCUUUACGAAGAAUUACUAGAUCGAUAACUGGGACGGACUUAGCGGGACCUCGGAGAGCAUUUUUAAGGGACGUAAUUGCAAAUAGAAGGUCUUGUUUGGAUGGUAUCGGAGUGUUAGCCGGACCUAGAGUUAUAAGAUUGCCGCAAUGUGAGUCCGGUGAAGAAACACCUCUAUAGCCUUUGCGUGCCGUUGAUUUUAAAAAUUUAAAAGCUAGACACGUUCCUUUAAAAUAGCGCUUUCGGAAAAAAAGGAACUUUGUAAAUUUUUGAAAGAGCUUGCCAACUUUUAUUAUACGAACCAAUGUAAAUUAAAUCGGAAUUGAACAACACUUUGAGACCGAUGUAGUUAAUCGUCCAUAUUUAUUGUUGACUAUUACGAGACUUAUACAUGGAAUAUUGAAUAGUGUAACUUAAUAUGUAAAUAAUUGUACUCUUAAUAUAGAUAGGUGCAUAAAAUAUUGCUUGUUGCUUUGACUACUGGUUUACAUUAUAAUAAUGAUGUUGAGACGUUUCAUCACCGCCAGAUAAGGUCAAUUAAAAAAAUGUAUACAUCUUAAUUACUAUGUCUUUUAAAUAAAAGAUUUCAUUACAUUCAAAGGACAUAAGCCAAGAUGUAUUGUAAUAGCUAUUCUCUUAUGUAAUGAGCUAGUAAUUGUAUAAGGCAGUGCCUUAUAAUUUCAUUUAAGCUAUGAAUGGAAUUUUUGUAUAUUCCGGUAACUUUCUUAACUAACUAAUAAAUUAAGUACGAUUAAGUUAUAAGUCAUCAUCAUCAUCAGGCUUUGU